GCCGGAGCCGCCCGCGCGGGCGCCGAGAGGAGAGGCGAGGCGAGGCGGGGAGCGCGAGCGGCGGCGGCCACUGCCACGUAUUCCCGGCAGUGGCGGCGGCGGCGGCGGCGGCGCGGGAGGAGCCUGCAGUGGAGGCUCGGUUGGGUUGGUCUUGGUGCACUUUACUCGAAGAACACCCCCAGGAUCUCUCAUUGCCAUUGUACUAAAGAUUUCCUUCUGACUGAUACUGGGAUCCUUGUACCAACACACUUCCAUCGUCUUUUUCACUGUGGUUUGAGAAGUCGUGUGCCGAUUCCUGUUGCAUCCGGCAUUUCUUCCCUGGUCUCCUUUCAAGAAUAACUCAAGUUACCUUUACUGGAAGUCAGUUUGCUGAAAGUACUGAAACUGCAGUUCUUAGUUGAAGAAAAGGUAAAUGGAAUGCCUUGACCAGAGGAGCGUGGCCUUUCCUUCCAAAGCCUCUCCAGACGCACCCUCCCAGCAUUGCCCAGGAAAGAUGCGGCAGCUCAAAGGGAAGCCCAAGAAGGAGACGUCCAAGGACAAGAAGGAGCGGAAGCAGGCCAUGCAGGAGGCCCGACAGCAGAUCACCACGGUGGUGCUGCCCACGCUGGCCGUGGUCGUGCUUCUGAUCGUGGUGUUCGUGUACGUGGCCACGCGUCCCACCAUCACCGAGUGAGCGCGUGGGGUGAACUCCCCCAGCAGGGAGCCGAAGCCCGGGAGGGGGAAAACGAAAGAGAAAUGGCUUUGGUAUUCAGAGAUUUUCCUGAUGCUGAGCUCCAGGCUGGAGCACCCUGUCUUCUCUGGUCUUUGACUUGAUUAAAGUUUCUCCAAUUUCCCUGGGAGGGAAUAGGGAACGUUUUAUCAGUGAACGUGCCAUACACCUUAUGGUCCACUUCAUGUGCCUUUCAGACUUCAAAGCAGUGUGUGUGUGUGUGUGUGUGUGUGUGUGUGUGUUUCUUUCUUGCUCCUGAAAUCAAUAUGUAGCUCAACCUGGUGAGAGGAGGAAUCUUCUGGGUCAUGAAUCAGUUGGAAUCAGUGCUUACCCCAUCCCCAUUGUUUAGAACAUGACUCUUUGCCUACAUGUGUUCACAAUUUCCAAAGGGACUGUAUUUCUUCUCUGUGCUUAAUGUGAUUUGAAAUAUGUCGACUCAAAAGUGAAAUAUUUAUUUUUUGAAUAAAGGAGAUAAUAGCCUUAAA